GGGGGGAAGCAGAAGCCUCUGAAACAGCCCAAGAAGCAGGCCAAGGAGAUGGGAGAUAACGCAUUCAAGCAGAAACAGAAAGAGAAGCAGAAGCAAGAAGAGCUAAAAACAAAAGCCACAGGGAAGGGGCCCCUGGCCACAGGAGGAAUUAACAGAUCUGGCAAAAGGGAAGCCAGCGCCAGUGCCUGAGGCAAUGGUGAUCCUCAGUUCCAUUCCUAUU